CGUUGACAGCUUCCUUGAUAGUUGAUUUUUGUGAUUUGUCGCCACGACUAAAAUAAAUACAACUAAACAUAAAAUAACUAUCAGUUUUGAUUUGUAUAUGAUUAUUUUCUACAAACUCCAGUUAUGGUUAGAACAGUAUAUUCUCCUGAAUAUUGUCUACAAUAUUUGGAACAAUAUGCCUCCCAGGAAAACUUUGUUUUGGGGUUAAUAUUGGGCCAGGUAACAGAGGCACGUGAAAAUAUAAUACAUUUAGCACGGACCCCAGAAGAGAAAAACACUGAUACAGGCUCAGAAUCCAGUUAUGUAUCAGAAAAACCAGAAGCCGUUCGGAAUUUAUUGGGUGUAUCCGAGGCAUGGGUAGCGGACCACGCCAAACAUGUUACUCGCAUGUUACCUGGAGGAAUGUUUGUUCAGGGUAUUUUCAUUACAAGUGAUGAAGACAUCUUUGAAGAUCCUAACUACUUUAGCAAAGUUAAAUCAGUAUUAAAUUACACACACAAAACUCUCAGCGUAAAUCAAUAUAUGUAUGCCAACUACCCUCAUUCUAAUGAAAGGCUUAUAUUACACAUGUCAACUAAUACAAAGGUACUAACAUGUAAAAGUAUUGAAGUUGGUGUUGGAAAGUCAACCUCUAUCAAGAAUGUUGAUUGGAAGUUUGUGCCUAAAGCUCAACAGUGGCAGAGACUAGACUGUUACUAUGAAUUUGAUGAUGUUUACCCUGUCAUUGUUAAAAAGAGUGGAAUCUCAGUUAAACAACAGUUUCAGCAAAUAUUGGAAUCUGCAUACAAAACAAUUGAAUCAAGUGUAAUGUUUAUUGAUGGUGAGUUGAAGGAUGGAUCAGAGGCUUUGGAGCAACUGAUUAAAAAGAAAAAGCCCAAAAACAGUGUCAAAUCUGCACAAGACACACCCAAGUCAAUGCAUGUGUCUUUAUUUGUUCCAUUUGAAAAUAGUCUACCAGAAACAGUGGAAUACCUUGAAUGUGAUGGCAGCAUACAUUUUAGUGGUGUUGUAUCAUCAAGUGUGUUCAUGUAUCCAAAGGCCACAGUCAGUGAAACCAUUGCUGCAGUGAAGCAGGACAUCAUCAGAUCCUUGGCUUCUCGUUUCACAAUGCACUGUGAUGCAUUGAUCGACGACAAUUUACUGCCCGAAGAGAAAGUGUGUUUUAAUGAGCCUCCAAGAAGAGUUCUAGUACCAGUUGGCUCACUGUAUCUAUGUGAUUAUCUAUUCCCUGGCGAGGCACCGGCUGAAGCUUUGCUCUCAGUCAAAGAGCUAUUGGAUUUGCAGAUCACGGAGGGUGACGUCAUUUGUGACGUUGAAACACCUGCAGAUACUUCGGAGUUCGAUGCUCUGGAUCGAGAUACGAGUAGCGAGGAACUCUUAGCCACGCCUCAAGAAGCGAGCCAGUUUAUGUACAUUACCGGCAUUUGCUUUGCUAUGUUUGUUCUCGUAGUUUCUAUAUUUAUCCACUACUAUGAUUCCAUUGCGGUGUGUAUUAGUAGACUACUUUCUAGGUCCUAAAUAUUUAUGAAUGGCUUUAAUUUGAUUUAUCAUAAAAUGUUUAAACUAAUCUUUACGAACUUUGUGACUAAAGUAAAUCUAUAUUAUUAGUUUAUUUUGUGUACCUUUGAAUUAGCUGAAUUAUUUAUAUGUUUAAGACUUAUUUUGUUGUUAUUUUAUGUUGCAAACAGUCAUAUAUGACUAUUAAUACGGUACUCAUACUUUAUACUUAUAUCAAUUUUAAAAUCGUGAUGAAAAUAAUAGGAACCUGUUUUGUACAGAUUAUAUGCUGUGUAAUUUAAUAUUCAACAAUUAAAUAAUUAUUUUUAUUAA